AUGGCGGUUGAAGGACCCAUGCAGUGCGUCUUGCUCAGCAUCCUCCUAGCGGUAACAAGCGGAAGUGCAUCGCCAAUUCUUCGAGGAAACCUGGCUCUGCGUCAGAUACCACCAACGUGGACGCUGUGCCCCAAUGGUUUCACCAUAUUGGGAGGGAAAUGUUACUACUUUGACAUCAUCCACCUCUCAACGUGGAUUGAGAGUAACCAUUUUUGUGAAGCCUUCGGCGCUAAAUUGGUCAGUGUUGAGACGAAAGAAGAGCAUAUGGCAAUAAGAGGACAACUGCUGAGAUAUAAAGAUUCAUAUAAGUCUCUGGGAUUCUGGACGAGUGGACAUGACAUCCUUCAGUCAGGACACUGGGUAUGGGCUUCCACCUAUUCCCCUAUCGGUUCAUUCACAGCCUGGGGGCCAGGCGAACCAAACCACCCAGACACAGAGCAUUGCCUUCAAUACUACAAAGCGACCAGCUACACAUACGAAUGGAAUGACCGCGGGUUUCUUCGAGGAAACCUGGCUCUGCGUCAGAUACCACCAUCGUACUGGACACUGUGCCCCAAUGGUUUCACCAUAUUGGGAGGGAAAUGUUACUACUUUGACACCACCCACCUCGCAACGUGGAUUGAGAGUAACCAUUUUUGUGAAGCCUUCGGCGCUAAAUUGGUCAGUGUGGAGACGAAAGAAGAGCAUACGGCAAUAAGAGGGCACCUGCUGAAAUAUGACGGUUCAUAUGAUGGUACGGCCUUCUGGACAAGUGGACAUGACAUCCUUCAGCCAGGUUACUGGGUGUGGGCUUCCACCUAUUCCCCUAUCGUUUCAUUCACAGCCUGGGCUCCAGGCGAACCAAGCAGCCCAAACGAGCAUUGCCUUGUUUACUACAAAGGGGUCCAAUACCAAUGGAAUGACGGACCUUGCGACGAUAAGCAACAUUUUAUUUGCGAAAAGGAGAUCACAAUGCCGAUUUCAUUUGGUUUGUGAAAUGCACGGGACAAAUUGUUGUAAACUAUACGGCUAACUAUGAAUGUGCUUUUGUAGAUUUAUUACAGCACAAUGGAAUUGAAUAAUGAAACGAUUUGCAGACAGUAGUUGACUUAUUUGAAACAAUCUUAUGAUUCAUCUGAAAAUCUUAAGUUAUACCUAGGCUUAUCUUCAGGUCAAAAUCGCACUAAAAGGUUUAUAAAUUAGUCGUGACUUGACCAA